UGAACGAUAUCCCCGAGAUAGCAACCUCUGCUUUUUAUUAUAUGGACCGUGAGGGGGAGGGGGCGAUUUGUGAGAUGGUGAAAGAGGAGCCCUCCCAAGCUUUAACAGAAGACGAACGGCGGGCGCUCCGCGGAAGCAAAUUUGCCCCGCUCCCCGCGCCUUCUCGAGCCCAGACCAGGGUGCCUCACCCAGGUGGACCAGUGACAACAAACAAAGCUGCAGCUUUAGCAAGGUUUCUUGAACGAAAGCUUCAACAACCAGAUGGAUUGAAGUCCGUAGAUCCGAAUCUUCUGGAAUUGGCCGUGAGAAAUGCAAAGGCAACUGUGCAUGCUAGUAAUGAAGGGCCUUCAGCCUCUGGAAGAAUGAUACGACAUGUUUCUUCCUUUGGGAACUCCUCUGAGGAUUCUGGAGAAGAUCAAGAUAAAGAAGAAAAGCCAAAGCAAAAGAAAAAGAAAAAGAAGAAAUUGGACUCCUCUGAGGUUUCUGGAGAUGAUCUAGCUAAAGAAGUAAAGGCAAAGCAAAAGAAAAGGAAAAGAAGAAAAAGAAGGUGGUGCAGAGCCCCAAAAAUCACAAAGCUGUAAAACAGAGAAGGAUUAAAUGAUGAUUAUUUGUUCCUCAAAAAAUGUAGCUUUAAAAAAGGAAUGAUGAGUCCAUAACCUUCAACACUAGAAGUGAAACAAGCAUUGGUUCAACAUUUUGGUGGCUGAUGUUUAGUUCUUGUUGGACCUUGGUUGGAGUGAUAGCAGCUGUUGAAAGUAUCGACUGGCCACUUUCAUGGUCAACCCGAAAUGCACUAUCUUUUGGUUUUGGCUCAUUUCGAUGCAUUCAGUGUCUUCAAACUUUCGAUAACCAGUUUUAAUUGAUAACUUGCACAGUUGGACAAGAACACAAUAUGGCUAUAUGAGCUUUUGAUUCUCUCAUAGAAAAGACAUUUAUGAUCCAAUCCUUCACUUGGUAAAUUUAAUUGGGCUAUGGUUUUUGUUU